AUGACGAUAUAUCACCCCGCUAGUAGCAGAGGUGGAGCACACCAGAGAACGCAGGGAAUGCGCGGUGGUGUUUCGUUUAUUAGCAAGCGUUAUUGCAAAGCCAAUAACAAACACAUCCCUGACACAUACGACUCCACAAAACCAAAAACAGCGAACUGUGAUAAUGUGCAAUUAGAGGAUUUCCUGACAACUGCCAGCUUUGAACAGAUCAAAUUGGUUGUGGAGAAAUAUAACGGGCAUUCUGAUUCAAGUGGUAAACAUCUCGCAGAAAAAAUUAACAAUUUUUGUCCGAUUGGUCUCAUGCAAGAGGUUUAUAAGCGUAUAGUGAGAUAUGCUGCCAAACCUUAUGAGUAUUUGGCUAAGGCGUUCAAUUUGGGAAUAAAGGAGAAUUCUUUCAAUACCAACGCCCAUAGAUAG